AUGGCAGACCCCAACUUUCCCCCAAACCUCAAUAUCCGCCCCCUUCUCCUCCAGCACUCACUCUCGCUCGCGCAGACGCAGCCCACCGAGCAGGCCGACGCGAUCGCGACGUAUGGCAUAGCAGGCCGCGUGUGGGAGGCCACCCGGCCACUACUGGAGUACCUAACUCCAUCACAACAGUAUGACCCCGCGUGUCCCGUGUUUCUGUCGUCUGGCCCUCGCACCAUAUUGGAGCUUGGUUCUGGCCAAUCAGUAGCUUCGCUGCACUUGGCUGAAGGGCUCACAGAUCGAGACACUGUCAUUGUCACCGACCUCCCCUCUGUCAUGCCCCUUUGUGAAAGAUGCAUAGAAUGUUGGGAACCUCCUUCCCAGCAACAUGCGAGGGUGGUCGCACGGCCCCUGGCCUGGGGCGAGAGUGUGUCCGAUGUAACCAGCGAGUUUGGAUCUCUGACUCAUAUCCUCAUGUGUGAUCUUGUGUAUUUCCCCCACUUAUACCCAUUACUCCUCCACACUCUGCUCAGCCUGACCGAGCCAAAAGAUAUAGACGACAUCGAGGGCACUACGUUCGGGCCAGAUAUUAUCCUAUCUUAUCUCUCUCGAACACUCGCACUGGAAGAAUCCUUCUUUGAUGCUCUCGCCCGUUAUUUCCACAUGUUCCCAGUUCGGGGAGGCGAUUGGGAGGCCAAAGUGUUCAUAUGCAGGCGGUGGAAGGUCACAAAAGAAUGGGCGUUACCGGGCGUAAAAGACGUGAUGAAUGGAGGAAAGGGGGUGUUAAGAGGAAGGAGCUACGACCUAAUCGACGAACUAUUCGGGGCUCUAGAUUGGGACGCAUGA